GGGAGAGCAUAAAUUAAGCCGAGUUGUAAUAUAUACAACUUUUGUGCUUGGGAGAAACAUCUCCCACCGUCACUUUUGGAGAGGUCUUUCCUAAUGGAGCAGAAAGCCCAGCCCUGUCUCAUCCCUGAGUAGUUUGGUGCUAUUGAGCAGAGGAUCUCCUGCCUGCCCUGCUCCCACCCCCUGGCCCUGCUAUGGGAAUCCGUGUGGCCAGGGGAGGGGGCAGCCCAGCCCUGCUUUUAUAAGCCUGGCCUUGCAGCUCCUCCAGGCUGGCAGCAGGGACGGGAGGCUUGGCUGGCUCUGAGAUCCCCACCUCCCAAACCCUGGGGUCCCUGGGAUGACCAAAGGAGGAAUGGAGUGCGUGGAAUUGUUCACAGCCGAAGGCAAAGGCAGGGGUUUGAAAGCCCAGAAGGAAUUCUUGGCUGGGGAUGUCAUCUUUGCAGAGCCAGCCUACGCAGCCGUGGUUUUCGACAGCCUGACACACGUCAUCUGUCACACCUGCUUCAAGCGGCAGGAGAGGCUGCACCGCUGCGGGCAGUGCAAGUUCGCCCACUACUGCGACAGGACCUGCCAGAGAGCAGCCUGGCUCAGCCACAAAAACGAGUGCUCUGCCAUCAAGAGACAUGGCAAGGCACCCACAGAAAACAUCAGGCUGGCUGCCCGCAUCCUGUGGAAGAUGGAGCGGGAGGGCAGCGGGCUGUCCGAGGGCUGCCUGGUGGCCAUCGAGGAGCUGCAGAACCACGUGGACAGCUUUGGAGAGGAGGAGAAGAAGGAUCUGCGUGCUGAUGUGGAGAGUUUCCUGGAGUUCUGGCCGCCCCAGUGCCAGCAGUUCGGGAUGCAGCUCAUCUCCCACAUAUUCGGGGUGAUCAGCUGCAAUGGCUUUACCCUCAGUGACCAAAGAGGACUGCAGGCUGUUGGUGUGGGAAUCUUCCCCAACCUCUGCCAGGCCAACCACGACUGCUGGCCCAACUGUACGGUCGUCUUCAACAAUGGCAAUCAUGAGGCUGUAAGAUCAAUGUUCCACACACAGAUGAGGAUCGAGCUGAGAGCCCUGAACAAGAUUUCCCCGGGGGAUGAGCUGACUGUUUCCUACGUGGAUUUCCUCAGCCUGAGCGAGGAGCGGCGGAGGCAGCUGAAGAAGCAAUAUUACUUCGACUGCACGUGUGAGCACUGCAAGAAACAGCUCAAGGAUGACCUGAUGCUGGCAGUGAAGGCAGGGGAAAGCAAGCCCUCUGCAGACACAGUGAAGGAGGUGAUCCAGCUCUCCAAGGACACCCUGGAGAAGAUCAACAAGGCCCGCAUGGAGGGACAUUACCACGAGGUGGUGAAGCUGUGCCGUGACUGCCUGCAGAAACAGGAGCCUGUGCUGGGGGACACGAACAUCUACCUGCUGAGGAUCCUCAGCAUUGCCUCCGAGGUGCUCUCCUACCUCCAGAUGUUUGAGGAAGCAGCUGACUAUGCCAAGAGGAUGGUGGAUGGCUACCUGAAAAUUUACCAUCCCAACAACGCGCAGCUGGGGAUGGCCGUGAUGCGGGCGGGAGUGACCCACUGGCACGCUGGCCUCAUUGAAGUUGGCCAUGGCUUGAUCUGCAAAGCCUAUGCCAUUCUCCUGAUAACCCACGGACCUUCCCACCCAAUUACCAAAGACCUGGAGGUCAUGCGUGUCCAGACGGAGAUGGAGCUGCGCAUGUUCCAGCAGAACGAGUUCAUGUAUUACAAGAUGAGGGAAGCUGCCCUCAAGAACCAGAAGAUCCAAGUCAUGCCUGAACCCAGCAAUGAGACUGCACCAAGCCUCUUCCACAAAAAGGAAUAAACCUGGAGCUUGACACCAAUUCAUGCCUGCGGGGUAACAUCACCCAUGGCACUUCCAAACACUGGGAAUGUGAUACAGCAAUGUGAUAUAUCCACAAGGAUUGUUUCCAGUGGCACAGGUCUGUCAGCAUGGACCUGCUGGGGGAGCAUCCUGGCAACUCUUCUGAGGGCUUAAAGCAGAAGAGGUCCCGGCAGAAACAACAUCCCUUUUUCUAUCACUAAGGCAUUAAAUAAUCAAAGAAAAAAAAA